CAAAAAGGAAAAUUCUCGGAGUGAGUCAUCGAGGCGUCGAACAAAUUUCCGCAACUUAUAAGUUAUCUUCCGGUUUACCGUGUCCACGGUUAGUGGUGCAGGUUCUUCUUUGUGCAAAGCGUAACUACAACAGUCAACACGGGAAACGAGAUGUCGGCCUCAGCGAUGGAGAAACACAUGUUUAAUCUGAAAUUUGCAGUGAAGGAACUCGAGAGGAACGCCAAGAAGUGCGAGAAGGAAGAGAAGGCCGAAAUGCUCAAGACCAAGAAGGCAAUCCAGAAAGGCAACACGGAGGUCGCACGGAUUCACGCGGAAAACGCCAUUCGACAGAAGAGCCAAGCUCUGAACUACCUCCGCAUGAGCGCUAGGGUGGACGCGGUCGCCAGCCGUGUACAGACAGCGCUGACCACACGCAACGUAACGAACUCGAUGGCCGGAGUCGUGAAGGCGAUGGAUGCAGCCAUGAAGGGCAUGAACCUGGAGAAGAUCUCCGGUCUGAUGGAUAAGUUCGAGUCGCAGUUUGAGGAUCUGGAUGUGCAGAGCUCCUACAUGGAAAACACAAUGUCACAGACGACCACCACGGCCGUACCACAGAACGACGUGGAGUCGCUGAUGCAACGAGUGGCGGAUGAGGCAGGACUCGAAUUGAAUAUGGAACUACCGGUCGGUCCCGCUUCGACAGCGCUUGGCGCUUCUACGAUGGCUUCGACGGAACAGGACGAACUCACUCAACGUCUAGCACGUCUACGGCAGGCUGAAUAGAGUGGACAGUUUCCAAAAGCCCAGCAUAACUAUCGUCCGUUCACGGUAGUAGGAGCGUUAAACAAUGAUUGCUGCCUACAUCUUUCAAUCCCAGAUGCACUCGUUCUGUAUAUUACCCAUUAUCCCGUAAGAAAACGGACGCCACUCGGUUGGCGAUUUGCCUGCAAUGAGUUUAUCUACAAGGAAAAGUUUAUCUUUAUUUACUACUCCCGAGUCUCUUCGUUAUUCGUUAAAUUUACCAAUAAAUCAUGAACGAACGGUGAAA